UCUCCCUUUCUCGGCUUUUGGUUGGCUUAUAUUCAAAUUUGGGUCAGGGGUGAGAAAGCCCAACGUCACAAGCUUGCAACAUGGCGUCCCGAAGGCUGUGAGAUGAGCAAGAGGAUGGUAAAUUGAGAACGAUCCUACCGAUGUAAUAAGCACCGAAAACAUGUCCGGUGAAGAGGCCUGGAUAGCCAAGGACGGCUUUAGGUGGUGCUUGUGUAGGAAGUGUGUGACGGGUGGUGGAAAUGGAACUGCCAAAUCAUGCCAAACAACUGCUGCUGCAACUCAACCAGCAAAGGGCCAAAGGCUUCCUGUGUGAUGUCAUCAUCGUGGUGGAGAAUGCUCUGUUCCGAGCCCACAAAAACAUACUGGCGGCCAGCAGCAUCUACUUCAAAUCCCUGGUCCUCCACGACAACCUCAUCAACCUGGACACAGAGAUGGUGAAUCCCUCUGUGUUCCGACAGGUCCUGGACUUCAUUUACACAGGAAAGCUCCUGUGCUCGUCAGAACAGAGCAACGAGCAGAACUACAGUGCCCUCCUAACCGCAGCCAGCUACCUCCAGCUCCAUGACCUUGCCGCUCUCUGCAGGAGGAAGCUCAAGCGAAGCGGCAGCAAGCCCCUGCCUGGUAAACCCUCCACCCUGGGUCUGCAUGGCCGAGUACGCCACAACAACCAGCGCCUCUCCUCCUCCACUCCUGCCACUUCCCACAACCACUACAUCCCCACCCCCUCCGAUGCAGACCAGCCACAGCCCGACGAAGGCCUCCGGGAUAAACUCUCGGACGAUGAGAUGUUCAUUGGGAGCUCAGCCGGGAAGAAUGGUAACCUAAGUAGCGGCGGUGAGCCAGACCUCGGGCUGGACCUGUCCAAGAAGAGCCCUCCCUCGAUAGGCACUGGGAUGGAUGCUCUCAGCCCUCAUAGCAACUCCCAGGAGUCGCCUCAAUCUGCCUCGGUAUCCACCACCAACAGUGCCUCACUGGAUGAUUCCACCACCACCCUGCCCAGCCUGGACACCACUGGCCCAGAGCCCAUGGAGCUUACCCCCACACCCAGAGCCCCUGAAGACAGCCAGCCCAAGACAAAUAGUCCCCCUCCCCGCAAGAGCACCCGCCAGGUUGCUCGCAAGAAGGAGUGGCCCAAAAGAGAAGCUUCUGGACUAAAGGCGGAGGAUCGUGAGCGGCCCCUUCUCAAUGGUGUGAUCAUGGGGCCCAAAGAAGGCCGCUGCUCCAGUGGUGGCUACGGCAGUAGUUUCACCUCAGACCAGUCCUUUCAGUGCAAAGAGGAGGAGGAUGAAGACGGAGGGGAAAACGGGCACGAACCCAGUGAAGAGAGCGGGCAGAGCGACGGAGAGAACAGAGGAAAAGGACGAGGGGGAGAAAGUGGGCAUCAGAGUGCCAACUAUGUUUACCGGCAGCAGGGAUUUGAGCCGGCAUUUGGUGACAACCUGUAUGUGUGUAUCCCCUGCGGGAAGGGCUUCCCCAGCUCAGAGCAGCUCAAUGCCCAUGUGGAGACGCACACAGAGGACGAGCUGUACAUCAAAGAGGAGGUAGGGGCCUUCGUCAAGGAGGAAGAGGAGGAGGCGGAGGACCUCUCGGCGCCAGUAGCACCAACCACGUUCGGCAGCUCAGAGCUCCGACCAUUUAAGUGCACCGUCUGCAGCAAGAGCUACAAGGACCCAGCAACGUUGAGGCAGCACGAGAAGAGUCACUGGUUGACCCGGCCAUUCCCGUGCAACAUCUGCGGGAAGAUGUUCACCCAGAGGGGCACCAUGACCCGUCACAUGCGGAGCCACCUGGGCCUCAAACCAUUUGCAUGUGAGGAGUGCGGCAUGCGCUUCACCCGCCAGUACCGGCUUACUGAGCACAUGCGCGUCCACUCGGGGGAGAAGCCGUAUGAGUGCCAGCUGUGUGGCGGGAAGUUCACCCAGCAGCGCAACCUCAUCAGCCAUCUGAGAAUGCACACCUCUCCCUCCUAAGAAAUACAUAAAAACACCCAACAACAAGCCAAAGAACGCUUCCUCCCCCUCCUACCCCUCAUCUCACAAACGCACAGAAACACUCACACAGAAACACACCCUCUCUUAACACACACAAUAACGAUACCCAAACAUAGACAACCACCAGGCUUUGUGAUUUAACGGUUGUCCAGUCAGACUUCUGCAUCACAGGUUGGGAAAAACAACUCUACCAUGUCCAACACCUCUGGAAAUUAACUCCCCUAACCCCACCAUCUCUCUCCUACAGUUGGCUGGAGGGCGUGGCCGGCAGUUGUCUUUUGUAUGUCUUGUAAAUUUGAAUGUGGUAUUACCGCUGGAACCUCAAACUUCUCUGUCCUAAUCCACGCUCAACAUAUUUUCCUUAGGAGUGUAUUUAGACCUUUUAGAUUUUUUUUCAAAACGGUUCCCUUCCGGGUGUAUUCAGGGUUCCCUCUCUGCUCCAAUCGUACUGGUCAACCGAGAAGAUGGACCACGUAUUGCCUCCUUCUAAUUUGAAACAUGUCAAAAGUAUUAAUUCCGUUGAGAAUGUACAUUUACAGGCAAUAAUUUUAAAGAGUGUGUUUUUGUUGUAAUCAGAUUGCAGCUACAUGUCCAAUGCGAACAUGAUCGAGAUAACUGAGAUGUCUGGAUUAGGGUGGGGGGAUAGGUGGGUGUUAAUGUGGAGCAUGCCCAUGCUUUAACAGAGAAUUCAACGUCUGAAAAAGUCAGUUUUUUCUGGUGAGGUUCUGACUGAUCAGGGGUUACAGUUCCUUACUCCUGACACACUCACUUUUUUUGUUGUCUGUGACUGGUCUCUGAUGAAAGUAAGAAAGAGGGAACACGGGGUUGUCACUCUGUUCGAAAGAGCUCACUAGGUGUAGACAUCCUGGUAUACAAGAAAGAAACAUUGAGGUACUUGUUUUUCUUAAAGAACUUAUGAUGAUUCUGUGAAUGUUUAAACUGGAAGGUUUUCUGAUAUUUCUUGGAGGGGUGGGUGUGGUU